AAAUAUUAACUCAUCUUUCCACAGGCUUGACUAUGGGCUGUGUCAAGAGUAAAGAAGACAAGGGUCCUACACAGAAGUACCGACCAGAUCCCACCAAUCCCACCCCUGGGUCACACAUGGGUCUCUAUGGACCAGACCCCACUCAGAUGGGCCAGUCACCUGCCCUGAAGGGCCCCACCAACAACUACAACAGCCGCACAACUGGGCUCACUCCGUUUGGUGGCUCCUCUUCUGUCAUCACACCCUUCGGUGGAGCCGCCUCCUCUUCCUUCUCCACUGUUGCUGUGAGCAACCCCUUCCCUGGUGCCGUCACAGGCGGUGUAACUUUCUUUGUGGCCUUAUAUGAUUAUGAAGCCAGGACGUCAGAUGACCUCUCCUUCAAGAAAGGCGAUAGAUUUCAGAUCAUCAACAACACAGAAGGAGACUGGUGGGAGGCUCGUUCCAUCAACACGGGGCAGAAAGGCUACAUUCCCAGCAAUUACGUUGCCCCUGCAGACUCCAUCCAAGCGGAAGAAUGGUACUUUGGCAAAAUGGGUCGUAAAGAUGCUGAGCGACUGCUACUGGUUCCCGGAAACCAGCGGGGCACUUUUUUGGCCAGAGAAAGUGAGACCACUAAAGGGGCUUACUCUCUUUCAAUACGGGACUGGGAUGAGAUGAAGGGAGACAACGUGAAACACUACAAAAUCCGAAAGCUUGACAACGGAGGCUAUUACAUCACCACAAGAGCUCAGUUUGACACUCUACAGAAGCUGGUGAAGCAUUACACAGUGGAGGUUUUCAAAUUCUCAUUUGUGGAAAAACACUGUCAAUGCUUUCUUUUGCACUCUCAUUUUUUCUUUCUUUUUCUAGGUACAUGGAAUGGCACGACUAAAGUAGCUAUAAAGACACUGAAGCCGGGCACCAUGUCUCCUGAAGCCUUCCUGCAGGAGGCCCAGAUCAUGAAGAAGCUUCGGCAUGACAAGCUGGUGCCCCUGUAUGCUGUAGUGUCUGAGGAGCCAAUUUACAUUGUCACUGAGUACAUGGGAAAAGGGAGUUUGCUGGACUUCUUGAAGGAGGGUGAGGGCAAGUACCUCAAGCUGCCCCAGCUGGUAGACAUGGCUGCCCAGAUUGCAGAUGGCAUGGCCUUCAUCGAGAGGAUGAACUACAUCCACAGAGACCUGAGGGCUGCUAACAUCCUGGUGGGAGACAAUCUGGUCUGCAAGAUCGCCGACUUUGGCCUGGCUAGACUGAUUGAAGACAACGAAUACACUGCAAGACAAGGAGCCAAGUUUCCCAUUAAGUGGACUGCACCAGAAGCAGCGCUGUAUGGCCGAUUCACCAUCAAAUCUGACGUCUGGUCCUUCGGUAUCCUGCUAACUGAGCUGGUGACCAAGGGCAGAGUGCCAUAUCCAGGCAUGGUGAACCGAGAGGUGUUGGAGCAGGUGGAGCGUGGCUACAGGAUGCCGUGUCCUCAGGGCUGCCCGGAGUCGCUGCACGAAAUGAUGCGGCUCUGCUGGAAGAAGGAGCCAGACGAGCGGCCCACUUUCGAAUACAUCCAGUCCUUCCUGGAGGACUACUUCACCGCCACUGAGCCACAGUACCAGCCCGGAGACAACCUGUAGAGACCUUCUACGGGAGCCAGAGACUCACCACCACGUGCUAAUAAGCCACCGGGACGGUUCCCAAACCCAUUGUGGCACCUCCUCCCUACAGCUCCCCUGCACACUUGUCCUUACAGAGAUGUUUUUGUUUUUCCUUUACCCUCCCAGAGCCAAACUUAAAAACACGAUUAGUGCAUAAAACGUAUCUUUUACAGCAGAUACAGGCUGUUCUCUGCCUGAAGAUGUGUGUGGUGGAGUUGGCAAGGGUGUGU